AGGGCGGGCGGCGGAAGUGACGUGAGCUCGGGAAGCCCCGCCCUGUAGCCUGAGACUGUGGGUGCGGGUCAGUGUGUGUGAGAGAGAGAGAGGAGAGUGAGUGAGUGAGAGAGAGAGAGAAGGAGGAGGAGGACACGGCCCGGGGGGGGAGUCAACGAGCGGCCAUUCAGCAGUUCGUUGUGAUGGCACAAAAGGACAAGACCAGUUCCGCUAUAGAGGUUUCACGUAAGAAGUCAUCAAAAUCCAAGCUGAAACAAAAGAGAAAGAGACGAGGGAAAAAAGUGUCUGGGAAUGAAGAAAAAUUGAUGAGAGGGAAGAAUGUUAAAACAUUUAAAAUCCAGACAACUCAACCUGUUGAAGAGGAUCUAGAACCAAGAAUACAGAAAAUAAAGAUUACUUUGGGAGGCAAGAAGAAUAAACAGUAUAAAAGUGGUUUUGUUACAAAAGAAAGCCAAGAGGAGUCUUUCAGUGAUGCUUCAUCCUCAACAUCAGAAGAUAAAAUUAAUGGGGAGGAUGAUGGACAGCUGGCAAUCCGGAAGCCCAGAUACUGGCUGGAGAUGAAAGGAAUGGAUGCUUAUGUAGAAAAAUGUAAAUCGAAAGGGAAGGCAGAUUCCAAAACAUCACAGAAAAAAAGGAAAAUGAGCAGUGCUGAUGCUGAUAAAGCGUCUCCGAGGAAGCAGAUAAAGCUUACAGUCACAAAGAAACUUAUUAAAAAGCGAAAGUCCUUGAAGGUCCACGCAAAAGUGCAGAGUCCAAAACCCAAAAGUGGACCUCGAUAUGUGAGAAAAGAUCCUCCUUCGUACCCAGCAGGAAGUCAGGAGGAACACUGGUACCUGGAGAUACUGGAAAAGGGAAAGGUUGCAUGUCCCACCUGUAAGGCUGUUAUAAGGAAGACAGUGGAAGGAUUGAAAAAACACAUGAUUAACUGUAAAGAGGAGCCCUAUGAGUGCCAACACUGUGGAAAGCAAUUAAAAUCUUUAGCUGGACUCAAGUACCAUCUAAUGGCAGAUCAUAAUAACAUGCCAAUUUUGAAAGAUGGGGAUGAGCUUGAUGAGCAGUCUGAUAGGGAUAGACUCCGCAAGGUGUUAAAAAGAAUGGGGCGACUGAAGUGCCUCCAUGAGGCGUGUGCUGCCAGCUUCACAAGUAUAAUGGGUUACCUCUAUCACCUAAAAAAGUGCGGCAAGGAAGAGUCUGAGCUGGUGAAGCAAUUGUUUAAAUGCCAACACUGUGGCAAACUGUACAAGUCAAAAGCAGGACUGGAUUAUCACUUGAAAUCCGAGCACGCACCGUCCCCAGAAACCACCGAUGAUGAAACUGCUGAGAAAGAGAGUGAACCUGAAGUGGAAAGAACAUCCAGUGGGCGAGUGCGGAGGAGCUCUGCUAAGCUGGCUGCCUACCACCUACAUGAGAUAGUGGCGGAUGAGCUUGCUCGGGAAUGGCCUCGGAGAAAAAUCCAGCGGGACCUGGUACCUGAUGACGAUAAGUUGAAAUACACACGGCCUGGCUUGCCUACAUUCAGUCAUGAAGUGCUUCGCAAAUGGAAAAAUGAGAUGAAAGCCUAUAAGAGGGUUCAAUGUCCAAACAAGGGUUGUGAUGCUCAUUAUACCAGUGUGUCAGGCUUGAAGGCUCAUCUUGGAUCUUGUACAAAGGGGGAGUAUGUUGCUGGAAAGUACAAGUGUCUGAUCUGUGAAAAGGAAUUCAGCUCAGAGAGUGGAGUGAAGUACCACAUCAAUAACGUGCAUUCUCAGGAUUGGUUUCUGGCCACCUCCAAAGCAGCUAAAGAGUUCAAGCCCUUGGUAAAAACCAAGAAAAAACAAAUAAAAAAAACAUCUAAGACUUCAAUCAAGAAAAAAUUAUCUCCAAAAGUUAGCAAGAAACAAAGUUCACAACUGAUGUCUGUGAGCGAGAACAGUUUCCUUAAAAAGGUCCAUGAACCUUCAAAAGAGAAAGAUCAGUACAAGUUUACUGACAGUGAGGAUGACCAGGAGGAAGAAGAAAGAAUACAAAAUUGGCGCAUUAAAAGGCCUAGUGCAAAAGCUGAAUUGAAGACUGGUCGGGUCAAAAAAUAAGUGUCUUUGUUGAAUGUGGGGAAAUUGAGCAGAUUGUGUAGGUUUGCAGCGAAAGCAUCUGACAGCGUUGGUUUUAACAGUUCUGCAAACAAUCAUAACUUGGAUGCAUAUAUCCAUAAGGCUUCUUUACAUAAAUCGUGUCUAUAGUCCCAUUUACACAGGUGUCAGACCCUAGUGCAUUGAUUCCAGGGAAAAUUCUGUUCAGAUAUUGAUUCAAAACGAGCUUGGAAAAGGGAAUAAAUUGUCCAGAAUAUGUCUGUAAUUUAGUGGGUGAAAAUGUUGAAUGUGUUUUUGGAUUUGUAUUGUAAACCUCCCACCUUAAAAUUGUUUAAUGGUUAUAAAUAAAUUGUGUCAACAUGAUGCAAUCAUUGCAUCAGAGGCUUGAGAGAGGGAAGGAGGGGAUGACAAUAAUCAAUAUAUACCUCAGUAUAGUUGGGGAAUCCAGACUCAGUUUGAACAAGUGUCAUUCAGGCAAAUAUGUUCCUAUUCUGUUUUUAUACACCACCAAUUUGAAAAACGCUAGGAAGUCACUGGUGCUGUAUUUAUGUAUGUGGGAUGGAGGGUAAAGAGAAUGAAAGGCAGAGCUGCAUUUUUAAGUACCAUACAAGUUGCUACUUAAUCCACAUUUAGAGGGUAAAGUACAUUUUCAGAUUAGAUAUUACCGCCAGAAAUCACCUGCAUAGACAUGGGGAGAAAGAAUGAUAUUUAUUGUGGUAAACACAAGUAUCCCAGGCCUCUUCUUACAAAGACUAGUUGUUGAGUAGUCUUGACAUUAUAACGCCUUAAUUUCUUAGGAUCCAGUGCUGAUAACACUUAUUGUAAGAUUGAAGUGUAGCAAUUUGUUACAAGGAGAAAUUGUAGAUUUGUAUCGUACAUAGAUGGUAGUUUUGGUGGCUGUUACAUGUGGCACUUUGGUAAUUAUCCAAAAGCACCGUAAAUAAAAUUUCCCACCUGUUAGUUCGAGAGGAGUCUACACGUGCAUGACAUUAAAACAUUGGUUUACUGACUGAUGUGAUCUAUGUCAAGUUAUUACUUUAGAGGAUAUGUUAGAAAUAGUGGAAUAUCAAGUUUGGUCCACUCGUAAGGAAUACCUCAUAGCUCCCAAAUAAUGCAAGUGUAAAUCUUUGAAUUUUACUGUACCCCACUGUGUAUUUUGUUUAUAGAUUAGAUAGAAUUUAGACAUAAUCAUUUUUGAAAAUAAAUCCUCCCAGUUAUUUUCAGUGUGUUGCUGGUAGUUUAAGCUGUUUUAUGAUAUUGUGACAAACCUGCUAGGCAUCCGAAUAUAGUUUUUUGGGACAUCAUCAAGGUUAUUCAAUGCAACAAUUUUCACACUGGACAAGUUAACCCAUAAUUACACAUAAGCAAUGAUGUAAAUACUUUUAAUAAAACCUGUUUUACAGUCCAUCACCAGUUACUGUAUGCUUAUGUACACAAUUGUAGCUUGCCAACAAAAUACAGUCACCACACUCUACAGUAAAUCUUGUGAAGCGCUU